AUGUUGGAGGCCCAACGUAGCCUGUCUAGACAUCAGGGCGACGCGAUGAUCAGUAUGAGCAUGGGUCUACACUUUAUCAGUCCAUCACUUGGGCUGCACACACUCACCAACAUCCGAGUGCUACAACUACAAUCAAACAAACUUGGAUUGUCACCGGAUGAGAUCCGUCUACUACCUCCUACUAUACACACACUCAAUCUGUCUGGCAACUUCAUGACUAUGCUACCCUCGGUGGCACUAUCCACGCAUCUACCCCUGCUGACCUCACUGGACAUCUCGGCGAACAACAGAUUCCAAUCGAUCACCAUCACAUCACACCAGCACGAGACACUUUUCCCCAAGUUAGAGAUGCUCAACGUGUCAUCAUGCGAACAACUCACCAACCUGACCAUCAACAACACACUCCCAUCACUCAACACCCUCCUCGUCAGCUGUCCCAACAUUGAAAGAUCAGCGCCACUCAAUCUACUCCUUCCAAGACUGCCACGCUUGGCCACCCUGCACCUGGCUAGCCUUGGCAUCUCCAAGCUCUCGAUCGACUUCUCAAUGAUGACCGCGCUCAAGGACUUGGAUGUGUCCAAGAACAAUCUCACGCAACUCCCUCCAUCGAUUGGCGAGCUCAUCAAUCUAACUCACCUACACAUCCACGGUAACUCCAUCGAAGAGCUACCCGCAUCCAUGUCUAAGCUGGACAGGUUGGUCGAGCUGGACCUCAUGGGCAACCCAAUCCACACUCCAAUGCCCGAGGUGUUAGCACAGGGCGCUGCGGCCGUCGUCCGAUUCCUCAAGGAUCUGUCAAAGGGACAUCAGAGUUGUUACCGCAUGAAGUUGUUGGUGGUUGGUCAAGAGAAUGUUGGCAAGACUACACUACUCAAAGUGUUGCGCGACAAGAAGAAGGCCAAGAAGAUAUCAUCCGAGCCCAAUAUAUCAACUGAUGGUAUUGUGAUUGAUCAAUGGAAUCUUUGCGCCAAGGCAUCAUCAUCGUCAUCAUCGUCGUCGACUUCAACAACAUCAAAGUUAACAAACAAGGUCAAACUCAAGUCAGCUGCAAAGUUAUCAUCAAUCAUCAAAUCACUCUCAAGUAACUCGAUCACUACUUCAUUCGCCAAUGGAAUAGUUCCUGGUGGUGACCAACAUCCGAUACAACUGACCACGAUGGACUUUGCUGGACAAGAGAUAUACUACUCGACUCACCAGUUCUUCUUGUCAGAGCGAUCGAUCUACCUGGUGCUGUGGGACGCCCGUCUCCCUGAGGAGGAGUCACGCGUCGAGUUCUGGUUGCAAUCAAUCAUGACCCAUGCCCCACGCUCACCAGUAAUCAUCGUGGGCACUCACUUGGACUCAAUAUCCAGCUCCGAAGCCAAGUCCAUCAGUCGUCAAAUGGAACUCAAGUACCUCGGUGGCCAGAGCCAAUCAUUCAAUAUGAGCCCCAACACAAGCACCAGCAGCAUGGGCAGCACGAGCAGCACCAGCACCAGCAGCACGAGCAGCUUCAACAUUAAGUACCCUAGUGUACAGGCGAUAGCGAUGGUCAGCUGCUCAACUGGCAAGGACAUUGGAACAUUGAAUGGGAUCAUUGAGGAGGUGGCCAGGGCUCAGCCGACGAUGGGCGAGCAACUGCCCUCAGCAUAUCUGUUGCUCGAGAAGAUGAUCGCUGAGGAGAGACAUUUGCGACCCAUCCCCACAAUGCCUUGGAGCGAGAUGGUUAGAUUGGGCGCGAUGUCCGACAUCAAUGAUGAACAAGAACUCACACGUGCCGUGUCACUCCUGCAUCUGUUGGGCGCAGUGGUCUACUUCCCCAAUGAGGCUGGGCUCAAGAACAUGGUCAUUGUCGACCCUCAAUGGAUCACAAUGAUGUUGUCUACAAUUGUGACGGCCAAGAAGACCUAUGCCAGCCAGGGAAUCAUUCAUCACCGCGACUUGGUACACGUUUGGAAGUCACCUGGAUACCCGCGCGAGCUACAUCAGCACCUCCUCAAGCUGCUCGAGAAGUUUGAUGUUGCCUUCAACAUACCAUCGGCGGGCGAUGAUGCUGGUAAAAGCCUCAUCCCAUCGAUGCUGCCAAAGGCCUGUCCCACGGACUUUGAGUCCACAUGGAUCGCACAUCGAAUGCCCGCACAGUAUGGACGACAUUAUCAAUUCGCAUUCAUCCCCUCUGGCUUCUUCUCGAGGUUGAUGGUCAGGAUAUUGUAUAUCACACAGGGACAGGCCAAGGUGUACUGGCGCGACGGAAUACUCUUGAGCAAGGACAAUGAGUUCAUCUUGCUGGAGUUGGUGUCGGCACAAAAGUUGAUCAGAUUCACAGUUCGCGGCACUGGUAUGAGCUCGACGGCGGAACUAUCCCGUGUGAUCAUCGAGACCAUUCAAUCAUUGUUGGAGCACUCAUUCAAACAACAGGCAGAUACACAAGUGUCGGUACCAUGUACGCACUGUCUCCAGGAUGGCGACCUCGACACGCCACACCUCUUUGGACUGAACCAGUGCGAGAAGGCUGUGUUGGACUCGCAGCCAUACGUUUCUUGUCCCAAAUCAUCGGCCAAGGUCAGGACAGACAGUCUCGUGCCCGACCUAUCCAUGCUCCAAUCACACACGAACAGGAUAACAAAGAGCGAAGUGCAGGCCAUACUGGAUGAAGGCAAGAUGAUUGGACAAGGAGGCACGGCCAAGGUGUACAAGGGAAUGUAUCAUGGAGAGGUGGUUGCCUGCAAGGUGCUCAACACUAGGGGAGACGACGAGCGCGUCACCGAACGAGAGAUAUCCAAGGCAUUCGCAGAGUUCAGAAGAGAAUGUUGGGUGAUGAGCACGAUCAAUCAUCCCAACACAGUCAAGAUGCUUGGAUUGUGUUUGGAGCCACUCAGCAUCCUGACCGAGUUCCUCACAGGCGGCGACCUACACGACUACCUUGCGAAUCAUCGAGUGGAAUCACAGAGACAACAGAAGAUCCCCGCGAGAUUGGACUGGCGACUAUGUCUAUCUCUUGCACUCGACAUUGCCAAUGGCAUGGCAUUCCUUCAUAGUCUAUGUCCGCCCAUGGUACAUCGCGACCUCAAGACUCCAAACGUCCUAUUGUGUCACGCAAAGGACGGUGGACUCGUGGCCAAGGUAUCGGACUUUGGACUCUCAGGACCACAGUUCUCAAUGGCCAAGAAGUGCGUGAUGAAUCCAGUGUGGCUGGCACCCGAGGUCAUCAAUGGUGGAGAGUCAACUGUUGCCGGAGAUGUCUAUGCCUUUGGCGUCAUAAUCUGGGAGCUGUUCACCUGUGAUGAAUACUUUGGCGAUGUUGGCGCAUUCAUGUCGUUGUUGGAGGACAGGGUCAAAGCUGGCGAGCGACCACCCAUUCCAAGUGAUUGCCAUCCAUCCUACCAAAGACUAAUCGAACAAUGUUGGGACAAUGAUCCAAGCGUGCGACCAAGCUUCAACAUCAUUGUCAACACUCUCAAGAUCAUCAUAAAUGAGAGAGCCUAA